GCAGGUGCUGAAACUAGCACUAACGACUGUGAAUAUUCAUUCCUGAGCUGUAUUUGUGUUCAGACUCAGGCGAGGGGUGCAGACUGGAGUGUUCGUCUAUUCCCCUUUUGUGGGUUUAGAUGAGCGUGAGAUGGUUGGCUUGGCAGGUUGGCCCCGGUGAGAGAAGCAAAGUCAUGGGUGGCCCUGUUCCCUGUGGGAGGCUUUACUUUUCCAUGCUUACACACUGAACAUCUAAGCUGGCUGCUCAAAUACUCAAGAGGCAGACUUGGUAAAAAUGUGAAUAAAUGAAUGUAGUUACUAUAUAGCCAUUAAAGAAAAAUCUGCUAAUGGUGACUCAGUAGUGCCUCCCUGAUUGGAAAGGACAGUACCUUCUGGUGAGCUGUGAGCAUGUUCCAUGGGUUGACAAUCAGAUUUGCAUGUCUGAUGACAUUAAUUGCAGGGUGCUAUGGGCCAGGUUUCUGUAAGUUGGGUGGAGGUGGCCACUGGCAGUGAGUACAACGCCCAGGGGGAAGCAUGUGAGUGGGAGGAAGAAAAGAGAGCGCUUUCUGGAGCUGUUGCAAUGUGUAUGCUGGUGAAAUCGACUUGAGCAUUAAGCAGCAUCUCCCAGGAUUGUUAGUUACUGAGUGGCACGUCUUCAGUACUCAUGAUUUGUGGGGAACUUGGGCAGAGGUAAAAGUGUGAAACUUUUCAGCAUUACCUAAGAAACAAAGGCUCAAUUUUGGCUGCUUCAUUCUUAUCCCUUCUGCCACAGUUCUAACGUGCUUGAUCUACUGAGACUGAGGAUGAUCAAUGACUCAGAAGGCAAAAUGGGAUUUAAACACCCAAAGAUCAUGGGGAAUUUCAGAGGUCAUGCCCUCCCUGGAACCUUCUUUUUUAUUAUGGGUCUUUGGUGGUGUACAAUGAGUACUCUGAAGUAUAUCUUCAAAAAGCAAAAGCGAACCUGCUACCUUGGUUCCAAAACAUUAUUCUGUCGAUUGGAAAUUUUGGAGGGAAUUACAAUAGUUGGCAUGGCUUUAACUGGCAUGGCUGGGGAGCAGUUUGUUCCUGGAGGGCCCAAUCUGAUGUUAUAUGACUAUAAACAGGGCCACUGGAACCAACUCCUAGGCUGGCAUCAUUUCACCAUGUAUUUCUUCUUUGGGCUGUUUGGUGUGGCAAACAUAUUAUGUUUCACCAUCAGUUCACUUCCUGUUUCCUUAACCAAGUUAGUGUUGUCAAAUGCCUUAUUUGUGGAGGCUUUUAUCUUCUACAACCACACUCAUGGCCGGGAAAUACUGGACAUCUUUGUGCACCAGCUGCUGGUUUUGGUCAUCUUUCUGACAGGCCUCGUUGCCUUUCUAGAGUUCCUUGUUCGGAACAAUGUACUUCUGGAGCUACUGCGGUCAAGCCUCAUUCUGCUUCAGGGGACCUGGUUCUUUCAGAUUGGAUUUGUCCUGUAUCCCCCCAGUGGAGGUCCUGCAUGGGAUCUGGUGGAUCAUGAAAAUAUUUUGUUUCUUACCAUAUGCUUUUGUUGGCAUUAUGCAAUAACCAUUGUCAUCGUUGGAAUGAAUUAUGCUUUCAUCACCUGGUUGGUUAAAUCUAGACUUAAGAGGCUCUGCUCCUCAGAAGUUGGACUUCUGAAAAAUGCUGAACGAGAACAAGAAUCAGAAGAAGAAAUGUGACUUUGAUGAGCUUCCAGUUUUUCUAGAGAAACCUUUUCUUUUUUUACAUUGUCUUUGUUCUUGGUUUUGUUUCUUGAUCUUUUAGUUGGAGAACAGCUGGCUAAGGAUGACUCUCAGUGUACUGUUUGUAUUUCCAAUUUGGUUGAAGUAUUUGAAUUUAAAUAUUUUAUUUUUAGCUUUGAAAAUGUUUUGGGUGAUACUUUCAUUUUGCACAUCAUGCAUAUCAUGGUAUUCAGGGGCUAGAGUGACUUUUUUCCAGAUUAUCUAAAGUUGGAUGCCCACACUAUGAAAAAAAAUUUGUUUUAUUUGCCUUAUAGAUAUGCUCAAGGUUACUGGGCUUACUACUAUUUGUAACUCCUUGACCAUGGAAUUACACUUGUUUAUCUUGUUGCUGCAAUGAGAAAUAAAUGAAUGUAUGUAUUUUGGUGCAGACACCUGAAA